AUGAGCCCAAAGAAGGAGCCGCGCAGAAGACACUCUGGCUGUCAGAAAGUCAUCUCCUCACACAGGCUGAAAGGAAGCCACAGCAGACCACACCAGGCCACAGCAGACCACAGCAGACCACACCAGGCCACAGCAGGCCACAGCAGACAUCAGCAGACCACACCAGGCCACAGCAGACCACAGCAGACCACACCAGGCCACAGCAGGCCACAGCAGACAUCAGCAGACCACACCAGGCCACAGCAGACCACAGCAGACCACACCAGGCCACAGCAGGCCACAGCAGACAUCAGCAGACCACACCAGGCCACAGCAGGCCACAGCAGACCACAGCAGACCACACCAGGCCACACCAGGCCACAGCAGACCACAGCAGACCACACCAGGCCACAGCAGACCACAGCAGACCACAGCAGACCACAGCAGACCACACCAGGCCACAGCAGACCACACCAGGCCACAGCAGACCACAGCAGACCACACCAGGCCACAGCAGGCCACAGCAGACCUCAGCAGACCACACCAGGCCACAGCAGGCCACAGCAGACCACAGCAGACCACACCAGGCCACACCAGGCCACAGCAGACCACAGCAGACCACACCAGGCCACAGCAGACCACACCAGACCACAGCAGACCACACCAGGCCACAGCAGACCACACCAGACCACAGCAGACCACACCAGGCCACACCAGGCCACAGCAGACCACAGCAGACCACACCAGGCCACAGCAGACCACACCAGACCACAGCAGACCACAACAGGCCACAGCAGACCACAGCAGACCACAGCAGACCACACCAGGCCACAGCAGACCACAGCAGACCACAGCAGACCACACCAGGCCACACCAGGCCACAGCAGACCACAGCAGACCACAGCAGACCACACCAGGCCACAGCAGACCACACCAGACCACAGCAGACCACACCAGGCCACAGCAGGCCACAGCAGACAUCAGCAGACCACACCAGGCCACAGCAGACCACAGCAGACCACACCAGGCCACAGCAGGCCACAGCAGACCACACCAGACCACACCAGACCACACCAGGCCACAGCAGACCACAGCAGACCACACCAGACCACAGCAGACCACAGCAGACCACACCAGGCCACAGCAGACCACACCAGACCACAGCAGACCACACCAGGCCACAGCAGGCCACAGCAGACAUCAGCAGACCACACCAGGCCACAGCAGACCACAGCAGACCACACCAGGCCACAGCAGGCCACAGCAGACCACACCAGACCACACCAGACCACACCAGGCCACAGCAGACCACAGCAGACCACACCAGACCACAGCAGACCACACCAGGCCACAGCAGGCCACAGCAGACCACACCAGGCCACAGCAGACCACAGCAGACCACACCAGGCCACAGCAGACCACACCAGGCCACAGCAGACCACACCAGACCACAGCAGACAUCAGCAGACCACACCAGGCCACAGCAGACCACACCAGACCACAGCAGACCACACCAGACCACAGCAGACCACACCAGACCACACCAGGCCACAGCAGACCACAGCAGACCACACCAGGCCACAGCAGACCACACCAGGCCACAGCAGACCACACCAGACCACAGCAGACCACACCAGACCACACCAGGCCACAGCAGACCACAGCAGACCACACCAGGCCACACCAGACCACAGCAGACCACAGCAGACCACAGCAGGCCACAGCAGACCACACCAGGCCACAGCAGACCACACCAGGCCACAGCAGAUCCACGGCCGUCCCCGGUGCCCGCUGCAGCCUCCCACAGACGGUAAAUCAGACCUGACCCUCUCAGACCCGGACGACUGGAGCCGGGCCAGACCCAGCCACUCCACGCCGCCGCUAAUUAAGUCCAAACACGGAGCUCCAUCAUUGACAAACACAGUAAUGGGAUUUAAUACGGAGGAGGUGAAGGUGGCAGCGUUUCACUGA